UAAACAGCAGCGGAGCUGUCAUAACAUUUUUGUAUCAAAUUUGUGUCUGAUUGUGGUCCAAAAACGAAAAUCUUCGCAAAAAUCUUGAUUUUUCGAUAAAGUUUAGCAGAAAUCGUCACAAAAGUAGUGCUCCGAGGUGCCAGGUAUGAACCUGAACGAGGUCGUUUACGUUGGAAACGUUCCCAAGCAGGCGACCGACGUCGAGCUUGGGGAAUUCUUCAAAAAUGUCGGCCGCGUAAUCAAGGUGUCGUUCAUGCGGGAGAACCGCAACGACUGCCGGACCAAGGUGGCCUUCGUGCUGUUCGAGAACGAAAUGCAGGCCCUGAAGGCGUGUAGCUUCGAUCAGACCAUCUUCCAGUGGAACCGGGUGAUAGUGAUGCUGGUCAAGGACGAUCGGUACUUCUGGGCCGGCCAUACCGUCAUCGUGCGAAACAUUUCGUCGGAUACCAACGAGGAAGAUUUGUUCGAAGCCUUCGGACGGUAUGGAAUGAUCGAAGCGGUCCAGAUUCCGACCUGCAACUAUGCCUACGUUGGAUUUAAGGAAAAAUCCGCUGCGGCAGCUGCCCAGCGUUUGAACAACACCGUUUUGGGCAAAACGAAGAUCUCGGUCCAGGUUUCCCAGCGUAAUAUGCGCGUCCGAUUGGAAGAUUUGGAUAGCUUCAAAACUCCACGGGUCUACAACGAGCUGAUGGAUGCCAAACUGAAGUACGAUUAUAACGAGUUUGUGUCGGAACCGACAUCGGGGAAUUCGGCCGGAGCGGGGCCAGGGCCGGGGACAUCCGCUGCCCCUUUCGCUUUCGAUGACUACGAGGACGAAGAGGAUAAUCGCAUCUAUGAUCCCACUACGAACCGUUUCUACGACAAGCCCAAGGAUGGGAGGCCACCAGCUAAGGAGCAAGAACCGGUCUACGUGGAGGAAAUAAUCGACGACGAUGACGACGAUGGGGAUCUCUUGAUUCCGCCUCCGAUUCCGUGGACGAGACAAAACGAUGACGAAGUGUCGAUUGAUUUGGUAUCGCCGCAGGAAUCACCGAUUGCGGGGCGAAAUUUGUUCGACGAAGAUGAGCCUGCUGAUGAUGCGGAGUUUUCCACAGUGGAGGUGAGGAGGAAGGAAAUCAGCUUCGGCAAAUCGGCCGUGGUAUCGACGUCCAACAGUGCCGUUCGGGUGGAGAACGUCCCGCGGGAGGUUUAUGACGAGGACAUCGUGCGAUACUUUGCUAAGUUCGGUUUGAUUACAAGCGUUGAGAUAGCACAGUCGACGAGUUGCAUCUUCAGCAAGGUUUAUACGAUCAUCUACCAGCAGAAGUCAGUUGCCGAGAGGGUACUGGAAUGUUUCAUGCGGAAAUGCGAAUUCUCCGGGGUAGUUUGUACGCUUUUCACCCUACGACCGGAGGAUGUCAUUCAAGAUGGUCAAGGGAGGUGCGUCAUUGUGGACUACAUCUCGAACAGCACGGUUUUCGAGGACGUGGCCGAUGCCUUCCGUAAGGUGGGUCAGGUAAUUUACUUGAAGAAAACGCCUCGGAACACGACUGCCAGUGUGGUGCACUUCCGGCACCGAAUCUCAAUGAACCUGGCCAAAAAGGUGGUGGAAAUCGACGGCGAUAAGGUGCGGGUGGUUCCCUUCAACCAAGGCUUUUUCCGCAAGCUUACAGCGGAAAACCGAAGGCUGAAAGAUGCCAGCACACCGCACACCAAGAAGCCGCUCAAGAACGUGCGCAUGGUUGACAUCGAGAUGAAGGAAGAACAGGAACGCAACAAAUACAUGAUCCUAAAGACGGUGUAUAACCCGAACUAUCGGAACCCGGACCCGAAGAAUCUGUCAAAUGAAGUCGUCAUCUACAACUGUCCGGUGCGCACGACGCUCAAGGAUCUCCGGCGGCACUUUAUCAGUAUAGCUUUCGUGACCUUCAUGCGCUGGGAACAGUCGCCAUACGAUACCAACACCUGGAAGGUGUACGCCAGCUUCGGCUCGUUCGUGGACGCCUUCAACGCCGUACGCCUGAAGGGCCCGCUGCACAACUACCCGAUCUUCAAGCACAUGGCUAGCGAGAGGCCGAAGUUCGACUCGCUCGAAACGGUGGAGAUCGAGUGUCAGCAAGAUGACGUCUCCGUUACCAAAAUGUACAACAGCUUAGUGGGACACGGAGCGAUAACUUUUGUGGACAAGGUUGAUCAUAAACGGUUUUUGGUUAUCUGCAGGGAUUCUAAAACUGCGAAGAAAAUUGUCAACUUGAAAGUUUUGGCCAAAACACCGGUAAAAUCAUUGUUGUAUCGUGAUGUAAUGAACCAACAGAAUGCUAAAGAUCUUCCGGUUAAACAACGUAGUCCACCAAAGGCUGGAUCUCCUGAGCGCCAAGAAGAGCGACCGCGGCGACGUAAAGAAUCCGGUCGUGAUCUUCCAAUUCCGAUGGAUGAUUUGAUUGACCUGCAGCGACGCAUUCUGAACGAGGGCGAUGGACAUCGUCCUUCACCGCGGGAAGAACGACAACGUCGGGAUGAUUCAAACGAGUGGGAGCGCGACUUCGAACGCAGCGGUAGACGGUCCUCCAGUCGCAAAGAUCAUAGAAGGCACUCGAUCGAUAUGGAUAUCGCUGAUGAUCAGCCCGACCCGGCACCUGCUCAGCAGCGUUACAGUCCUGAACUCUUUAACGAAUUCCAGGAACCGCAAUUCGACCAAGGAUACAACAACUAUUACCUUCGUCAACAGGAAGAAGCUCUAGUGUAUACUAAUCCUCCCGCUCCGAACAUGCUACCGUUGGGAGGCCCACCGAGGGAUUUCGUUCAAGGUUGGGCUCCAGGAGGUCCCAUGUACGUUCCGCCGGUCAUGGUACCCCCUCCUGAAACCAGAAGCGUAUUCAUUCCACAACCACCGGCUCCAGGCACGGACAUUCUCGAAGGUCCUCUAGCGUUGCCGAUUCCCAAUAUAACCAUCCAUCGUAUUCAACCGGAAUCGGCGAUGCAUCCCGUGCCACAGCAGGGAGAUCUCCGAAAUUACUUAGCUGAGAAGAGAAACACCCGAUCGAAGGACACCUACGAUCCUACGGAAGAGUUAGGUCAUCAGUACGAUGAUCGCAACUCGGACCGUCCAGUUUCUCCCAAAGAGAUUAAUCGUAUCGAAAAUUACAUUCGCGAGAAGGAACGGCAAAUCCAGAACCGCUUACAUCUGCUGGACAAGCAGUUGAUCGACGUCGGUGGGUCUUCAUCACGUCCCACUCGUCGUUCCCGGGAACGCUCCGUUUCGCCAAGUGAUCGUAAAGCGCACAAUCGCAUCCAGGAGAUUCGUGCCGAAAAGGUCAACGUCACCCGUCAGCUCAGCCUAUUACGUAAUAAGGGCGAUCGUGAAUCUCGGGAGUUUACCGCUCUGUGCGAACGUCAAUCGGCGCUAGACAGAGAGUGCACCGACAUUCAGCGGCAGUUGGAAGCGAAGAAACUGUGGCUCGCCGAAAGAGCUCGCUCACUGUCGCGCGAACGCCACGACCAGGAGCAGGCGAAAAAUCCACCGACGAAAAGAAGUCCAUCGAGGGAGCGGCGCAGUCGAAGCUCAUCACGUGGUGCAAGGCGUCGCUUUUCGCGUAGCCGAUCCCGUGAAUACCGCGCACGGUACAACCGAUAUCGUCGAAGUCGAUCAAGGAACCGCAGAUCACACUCGUCCGAUCGCCACCGCCGUGAUCGGUCCUCAUCGAGGGAUCGCACUUCACGGCGUCGUUCAAGAUCGGUGGAAAGGGGACGUCGCUACAAUCGACCUUCCGAGGCUAACAUCAAAAGUCCGGAAUCGCUUUUGCAUGAGAUGAGACAAUUGGGGCGGCCACGCGAAGGAAAAUCCGAUCAGUGCGUUUUCGUUGGUAACGUUGCUAGCGGAGUUCGGGAGGAAGAACUAAAGGCCACCUUUGCCCGUUACGGCCGUAUAGUGUUGUGCGAUUUCAGCUUUCUGGAGAAGUAUGGCGAGGUGUACAUCGAUUACCAUCAGCGGGAGGACGCGUUCAGGGCACUGGAAAUGAAUCGGGUGAAGAUCAAUGGCAAGCGGUUGAGAGUGGCGUUGAAUUGCCGCAAGCCGGCCAAUCGGGACGGGUACAGCGUCAUUGUGGAAAUGUCGGAACCCGUUCCGGAGCGCGAUCUGUACGCCCGAUUCGAUAGUUGUGGCGAAAUAGAGUUCAUUUGGCAUUACGAGAAUUCCACCAUCGCAACCGUGACCUUCGAGAGACCCGAGUCGACGUUGAAGGCGCUGAACAUUCGAGAGCUGCACAACCGCAUUCCGAUAAUCGUCAGGGAGUAUGUCGAAAGCGAACGUUGAUAAAGCGUUAGUUUUUUAGGUAUGAGUUACUAUUGAUGUCAUAGGUUACCAGAAGGUAACGAGCUCAGUCGCAGCCAUUAUCGCGUAAGUAUGUUAUUUUGCUAAGAGAGGCAUACACUAUUCAAAUGAAUCACCGGAAAAUUGAAGUAUAUUCUCAUCAAACGUGUGUAAGAUCAGCAGACGCGCUUGGGUUUGCUUCUCCAUCUUUUACUUCACAAAUGAUGCAUGCAUCUUCAAAUAAACUACUUAAAAGUA